GUUGAGCGCACCCGGAAGAUUCGGAUGCAAGUUUCAGUGGUCGACCGUGCAUCCAUAUGCUCAUUACUUUAGACGCUUUCAUGUGAUUUAGGUGCUUUUUCUACACUGUAGUAGUUGCCACAAUGUUAUCUUUAGACUUUCUUGACGAUGUUCGUCGCAUGAAUAAGCGGCAGCUCUAUUACCAGGUGCUGAACUUUGGUAUGAUUGUUUCCUCUGCGCUGAUGAUCUGGAAGGGACUGAUGGUGGUCACCGGCAGCGAGAGCCCGAUUGUUGUUGUUCUCAGUGGGAGCAUGGAGCCAGCUUUCCACAGAGGAGACCUCUUGUUUUUGACCAACCGGGUAGAGGACCCCAUCAGAGUCGGAGAGAUCGUUGUCUUCAGGAUAGAAGGCAGAGAGAUCCCCAUAGUACACAGAGUACUAAAGAUCCACGAAAAGGAAAAUGGAGACAUUAAGUUCUUGACCAAAGGGGACAACAAUGCAGUGGAUGACAGAGGGCUGUACAAGCAGGGCCAGCACUGGCUGGAGAAAAAAGAUGUGGUGGGACGAGCUAGGGGGUUUGUGCCAUACAUUGGAAUUGUCACCAUCCUCAUGAAUGAUUACCCCAAGUUCAAAUAUGCUGUUCUCUUCAUGCUGGGUCUCUUCGUGUUGGUCCAUCGGGAGUGAGGAACCCAAGCUUCAGCGCUCAAAAAG